AUGAAUCAUAUCACCCUUGACCCUCUGCAGCGGGAUAAAUUACGUAUCUGACCCAAUAAUAGCCUCAGUCGCUCGGGCAUCGUUCGCCGGACGGUCGACAUGAAGCUCUUAAUAAUUGUGUUUACGUUAAUUGUUCUAACACAAUGCUGCGAAGGCCGGUAUGUCGACUGGCUACCUCGAAACAUAGUUGAUACGUUUACAAACAAAACAUCUCAAAUAACUAACUACGUGCGAUCUAAAGGACGAAGUUUGAAACAGUUCUACGUUGAAAAUGUCAGAAACAAAAUCACCUCUUAUCUUGGUAUGAACAACCUGACCGAAACAAUUCCUACUGAUAACCAAGCGAGGAUAAAAAGGAAGUUUAAGGAUUACGUCGACGAGGCUCAAGCGAGCGACCAAAAAGUGUUUGACGUUAUCGCUCCUGAGAAGAUAGAAUAUCAUUGCAACAACAACGAUCCUAGCAUACACAUGACCACACCACAGAUGAUAGCGUUACACGGAUACGUAUCGGAGUCACAUACGAUCGUAACUGAGGAUGGAUAUAUCCUCACUGUUCACAGGAUACCGUAUAAACGAAAUGCCACAAGCAGAGUCAGUCCUAGGAAAACCGUGCUACUACAUCACGGUCUUCUCGGCAGUUCAGCGGAUUGGGUUAUACCAGGACCAGAGAAAGGUCUCGCCUACAUUCUGUCAGAAGCAGGCUAUGACGUCUGGCUAGCUAACGUUCGCGGAAAUACUUACUCCAGAGCCCACAUGACCUUAAACAUAGAUACUUUUGCAUUCUGGAAUUUUACUUUCCACGAAGUCAGUCAAUACGAUUUGCCAGCAGUAAUCGAUUACAUCAUGGACACAAAAGGAUGGGACGUAAAAAUUAACUACGUCGGUCAUUCGAUGGGGACUACCAUCUUGUUUGCAUUGCUCUCUACGAAAACGCAAUACAAUAAGGUUUUAAGAGCCGGAUUUGCGUUAGCGCCCGUUGCAUUUAUGACAGAUAUUAAGAGCCCAAUACGCUUACUGGCAAAAUAUAGUGACAACUUGGAAUAUCUGCUGAAAAUCCUCGGUGCCAAUGAAUUUUUACCUCAAAACUCAGUACUAAGGUGGUUGUCUAAACACGCGUGUGAAAUAAACCAUUAUGAAGAAGUCAUAUGUGAGAAUUCGUUGUUCGUUUUGUGUGGGCACGACGCACAGCAGUUUAAUCGCAGUCUACUGCCGAUUAUAUUGAGCCACGUACCCGCCGGUGCGUCUACCAAAACGUUGGUUCAUUACGCGCAGGAGAUCAAAAACGCGGGACGUUUCCAACAAUUCGAUUAUGGGGCCGAGGGAAAUUUACGAGAGUACGGUAAAUUGACACCACCGGAAUAUCCCUUACACAAAAUCACUUUACCAAUAGCUUUGUUUGGUGCAGAAAAUGACUGGCUAGCUGGUGAUAGCGAUGUGACAAACUUGUACGUUCAAUUAGCUAAUCCAAUAGACCAUUACAUUGUGCCGUUAAAGGAGUUUAACCACAUCGACUUUUUGUGGGCGAUAGAUGCACGUAAACUCGUUUAUGACAAACUCGUACAACUUUUGGAGGAAGGUGUUAGCAAAUCAUAUUUUGUUAAUGAUAUAAGCCAUAAUGAUUUAAAUGUCUAGUUAUUAAGCUAAUUUAAAAGUUCCUUGUUAAAAUAAAUUGGUAAUUUUAAACAUGUUG